AUGACCGGCAUGCUAGGGGACACAAUGCAUACCGGCGAACAGUUCGGAAGCAGCAGUGCAGGCACUUUCAUGAAGCUCAUUCAGGCCGCCGUCAAAGGUACCGAUCAUUCAGCCGAGCAACCAUUGCAGGAUGAUCCCGCGAGGGUUGCUGUCCCGCACUCCUUGGAUGAACCCCCUGUUUCCAGCUAUGGUGAGCCGUCUCUCAUGGUCCUCCCAGCAAGAGACCUCGCCGACUGCUUGAUUCAAGCCUAUUGGGAAUGCGAGUGGUCUCUGUAUCCCAUCGUAGACCGUCCUAAAAUCGAGGCAGUGUACCAGACGGCUUGGGACGCUGGAGGGCCUCAUUGUUCGCCAACUACCCUGAGCCUGAUCAACCUCUGCUUCGCGCUUGGGUGUGCGUAUUCGUCAUUGAUCCCGCCAAAAGAUCGAAAGAUAAUGAGUCAGGACUUCUUUACGCGCGCAGAAGCAUUGUACCAUCGGAUUCAGUACAUUCCCUCGCUAGAAAAGGUCCAAUGCCUCUUGCUCUUUAGUAUCUAUCUCCAGAGCACCGAUCACGUUUUCCGAUGCUGGAUGGCGGUUGGGGAGGCCAUUCGCAUGGCACAGAGCUUAGGUAUCUAUCAAGACCGGCCUGCUUCCUCUCGUGAGCCUGCGGCGUACAGAGAGAACAAGCGUCGCACAUGGCAUGGCUGUGUAUGGUUAGAUCGUGUUAUGUCCGCUACCCUUGGGCGUCCGGGUAUGAUUCCCAAAUGGCUGUUCAACUCUGUUCCACUGCCAGCAAUGAUCGACGACGAGUUUCUGGAUGUGCAGACAACGAGCUCAGCUAUCCGACCAGACGGCAAACCCUGCACCCUAGCCUUUACUGUCAAGGCAUUUGAGCUCUACCAACUGUUCGACGACAUCCUCCACAAGAUCUAUCUGAGCUCUACCGGAGGGGAAGACUUUGAAAACAAGCUCAUCCCUGCUCUAGAUUUUGACCGGGAGAUCCAAGCUUGGGAGGAUUCCCUGCCAAGCCAUCUCCAUUAUCAUUCGAGUACCACGCGUGACGGGCUCAUUGACCGACAGGCAACAAUCCUGAGGAUCCGACUGCUACACAUGCGGACAGUAUCACUCCGUCCGGCUCUGAUCCGGCAUUGCAAACCUGGUGCUCCUACGUAUACCAUGAAGCCGCAGAUUCCCACCCGUUCCUUUCUCUCCGAAGUCAUGUACUCGGAGUCUUCAAGGAUGUGCUUCCAAUUCGCACACGAGCUCAUCAAUCUAUUCGACGCGAAAUUGGACGCGGAAACGAUGACCGGCCCUCUUCCUUCAUGGUGGUAUUCGGUCCUCUAUGUGUAUACUGCUGCGACCGUGAUUCUCGUCGAGCGUUUUCUCGAGACCAAAGAAAGCAUUCCCAGGCAGAGGUCCAACGCAGUGCGGGCGUGGGAUACGGCCGUUCGCAUCCUUCAAUCCUACAGCGUGGUGGCUGACUCGGCCACCAAGUGCCUCGUUGCUUUGGAAGCGCUGUCUGAGACCCUUUGUUGUGACCAGCAGGGUGACACAGCUGGCAGUGGUACAGGAGCCAAUGCUGAAGCCCGCAAUCGAAAUUUGUUUUUAGAGAUGACACAACUGCUGGGCGAGAAGACUAGUGUGCCGCCCUUUGAUUUCGAUGACUUUCUGUGGCUGGGAUAA